AACUAUCCCUGCGGCUUUACUAACUGUACACUCUCAUACACAGACGUAGGUGGAGCGAAGGAGGCGACAGAGCGGCUCUGUCAAGAACUUCGUGGAGUCUGUAGUGCCGUGUUUCCUGCUCUUUUUUGGCUUUAAACAAGAUACAAAUUAUUGAGAAACAGCGGGGGAUAUCGAGGAGCGUGAGCUGGACUUGGACACAGCUAUGGACCCUGGAUAUGGAUGGAGCCUUACCCCGCUCAACCAGGCUCCCUACAUAGAGAUUAUCGAGCAGCCAAAGCAAAGGGGGAUGAGAUUUAGGUACAAGUGUGAGGGACGGUCUGCUGGCAGCAUUCCCGGAGAAAAAAGUAAUGACACCACUAAGACCCACCCAGCAAUCAAGGUGCACAACUACAACGGCCCCCUGCGUGUUCGCAUCUCAUUGGUGACAAAGAACGCACCCUACAAGCCUCAUCCUCAUGAGCUGGUUGGAAAAGACUGCAAACAUGGCUACUAUGAGGCUGACCUGCAGGAGAGACGAAUACACAGUUUUCAGAACCUGGGUAUACAGUGUGUGAAGAAGAAGGAUGUAAAUGAGGCCAUCACUUGUAGACUGCAGACAAACAAUAACCCCUUUAACAUUCCUGAGGCUAAGGUGUGGGAGGAAGAGUUUGACCUAAAUUCAGUCCGGCUUUGCUUCCAGGCCUCCAUAACUCUCUCUACAGGGGAGCUCUAUCCUCUGGAGCCUGUUGUAUCACAGCCCAUCUAUGACAACAGGGCUCCAAACACAGCAGAGCUAAAGAUCUGCAGAGUCAACCGCAACUCUGGAAGCUGCAAAGGAGGGGAUGAAAUCUUUCUGCUGUGUGACAAAGUGCAAAAAGAGGACAUCGAGGUGCGUUUCUUCCAAGACUCCUGGGAGGGGAAGGGCACUUUCUCCCAGGCUGAUGUCCACAGGCAGGUGGCCAUUGUGUUUCGCACACCGCCCUAUCGUGACACUAACCUCACUGAGCCAGUGAGAGUCAAGAUGCAGCUCCGGCGGCCCUCUGAUCGAGAAGUCAGUGAGCCAAUGGACUUCCAGUACCUGCCAUCAGAUCCAGAUGAAUACAGGCUGAGUGAGAAGAGAAAGCGGACAGGAGACAUAUUCCAGAACCUGAAGCUAGGGCCCUUGCUAUCUAGUGUGACCACUCCACAAGAUAGACAGCACCUAAACCCAUCAAGGAGAAAGCUGACAGCCAAGCCUCCACAAGCUGCAGCUGUGGUGCCUACUGGUCCCCUUGGGGCAAAAUCACAUACCCAAUACUUCCAACCUGGCCAGCUAUUUUCAGAGCAGACAAAGGUAGAAGCCUCUAACAUGUCAGCAGCUCCUACCAACCAGUGGAAGAUGACAGGCCUGGGCUCCCAACCAAAAGCAAACCCAGUGUCUAGCUUUUCAAUGAACCCAUCACCGGCCACCGUCUCCUCUACCAUCGCUUCCACUUCCAAUCAGGACUACUCAACGGUCAACCUGUCAGAUCUUCAUGAAUUCUUCCCCAACAUUUCCUCGACUAUCACCCAGCAGGAGCCCUCAGCUUCUCAAAUAAACUUGGCCUCCUCACAGACAAGCAACUCCUUCGCCCUCCAGAGCACUCAGUUCCGGGCGGACCCAACACUUGUGGAUGACGAUAUCCCAGAUUUCCCUAGCUUCACUGAAGGCCAGGUCCCAGUCAACCUGGACAGCCUCAACAUGGAUGACUUGGAGGAUCUUCUGAACCCCCAGCUUGUUGGUGUAAAUCAUCCUUCAUGUCAUCAGACUGGCCCUUCAGCCUCCUCUACCGCUGCCCAGACUAGUGCAGCACCUCAGAACACUUCUGACCCUGCCAGCACUCCAGGAAGCACUUGGAUGAAUUACCCCAACAGCAUCGUGCAUCUGCUCCAGAACGAAAUCAUGACAGACAGCAGACCCAAUAACAACCAAAUGCUCGAAGACUUCGAUGAGUUGAUGUCUGCAGAUGAGGACCGUCUUAUUUCCAUUUUUAACAGUGGAAGCCAAGCUGGGUUUGUGUCAGGACACCCGACUUAAAGUUUGUUUCAUUUUUCCAAAGACCAGUUGUAUCUUCCCCUGUGGCCAUCAGGACUAAAACUUCUUUAUUAUUGUAAGGCAAAAAAGGAAGUAGGCAGGAGACCGAAUGUAGCAGCACUGCUCACUGUGGACACACUUCUUAAAAUACCAGCAAUGACUUUAUGGUAUUCAGUCUGACGCCUUGCCCAGUCAUAUAGUUUGUCUGAUAAAUUACAAAACCCAUAAUGUAGGUGAUCAGAUUUCAUGCCCUGUGAAACCCAUGUCCAGCAUCUGUGACUAAAUGUUUAGGUCACUGUCAACAUAUUGAUGGUGGAGACAGAUUCUCCAGCGAAUGUUUUAAGAAGACAGACAGCAUGGGUACUUUGAUAAAGGUAUCCGGUGUGGUGAUUAUUUUUGGAA